AUGGCGGCGCCGCAGCACCUCGUCGGCUUGGAGCACCAGCUGCAAGUCUCGCGCGAGAGCGCGCUUCUGGGCAACUACGAGGCGUCGCUCGUACACUUUGACGGCGCCAUCUCGCAGGUGCAGCGCUACCUGCGGACUCUCGACGACCCGGCGCUGCGUGCAAAGUGGCUGCGGGCGAAGGAGGACCUCUCGGGCGAGUUCCAGAUUGUCAAGGAGAUCGUGGCCGAGCUCUCAAAGCUCCGCGCCGGCAGCAAGGCGGUCCCGCCUCCGACGGCCGCGGCGCCGCCGCCGUCGCAGCUGUUGCUCCGGCCGGACCCCGUCGCGGUCGUCGGCGGCCCGAGCGGCGCGGCGCAGCAGCGUGACCCGGACGUGUGGUCGCCGCCAAAGCCUCCUCCGGAGCGGUGCCCUCCUCCGCCGCGCCGCGCCGCGCCGCCCGACUGGGCGAGGCGCGAUCCGCAGCAGGCGGCGGCGGCGGCGGCGGCGGCGGCGGCGGCGCCACAGCACGGGCCCGGCGCAGCGCGUGGCGCUCGGGCGGCGGCGGCGGGCUACGGCGCGGCGGCCGCCGCCGAUGCUCCGCCAGCGGGAGGCCGGCGGCGCGGCGAGCGCAAGCCUCCCGUGCCUCCGCGUCCAAAGGCGGAGAGAGGCGGGGGGAGAGGGGCGCGGCGGUUUGUGGAUGAGGUUUGUGCGGCGGACGCGGAGCUGGCGAGCAUGAUCGAGCGCGACAUCCUCGAGCGGAGGCCGUCCGUGCACUGGGGCGACAUCGCGGCCUCGAGGAGGCGAGGCGCUGACGAGCCCGCGAAGCGCGUGCUCGAGGAGGCGGUGGUGCUGCCUCAGCUGAUGCCGGACUACUUCCAGGGCAUACGGAGGCCGUGGAAGGGCCUUCUCCAUCGCCCGCCCUCCCCGACGCCUCGGCCCCAACUCCUCCAGGCGCUGGCGACCGAGUGCGGCACCACCUUCUUCUCGGUCACCUCCUCCACACUCGGCUCCAAGUACCGCGGCGACGCGGAGCGGAUGGCGCGCUUCUACGCACCGUCCACCAUCUUCAUCGACGAGGUCGACUCGCUCGCCUCGCAGCGGGGCUCAACGGGCGAGCACGGCGGCGCGCCGCCAGGGCGCUCUGAUGCUGGCCCUCUGCGCGUCCAGAUGGACGGCGUGGGCGGCGGCGGCGCCGAGGACGGCGAGUGCAAGAAUGUGAUGGUGCUCGCCGCCUCCAACUUCCCGUGGGACCUCGACGAGGCGCGUAUCUCGGCUGUAUCUCGGCUGUACCUCGGCUGUACCUCGCCUGUAUCUCGGCUGUACCUCGGCUGCAUCAACCUCAAGGACGUGCAGCUCGACGCCUCAGUUUGCCUCGACGCGCUGGCCGAGCGACUCGCCGGCUUCUCGCCCGCCGACGUGACGAACCUCUGCCGCGAGGCGGCGAUGAUGCCGAUGCGGCGCGCCAUCAAGGGGCUGCGGCACGACGAGAUCCGCAGGCUCAAGCGCGAGGACACAGACACGCCGCUCUGCCAGGACGACAUCGAGCAGUCGCUGCUGCGCAUCAACAAGACGGUGAGCGAGAGCGACCUCGGCCGCUUCGAGGAGUGGCUCAAGGAGUUUGGCUCGACCUAA